AUUGAAGCAUUCACCAUGAACCAUUUAGUUAUUGCUAUAUUUUUAGCUAUUACAGCUACCGUAGCGUGUGUGCCAUUACCAAGCUCAGCCAUUGAAUGUCACCUACAUCAUUUAGUGGCACCGUGCGCGUGCUACAACCCGCUCGAAAACCACAUAAUUGUGGGUUGUCAAAAUGACGACCUGGACGAUAUUGGCAUUAGAAACAUGUUUACCUUAUUGAAAAAAAAGUUUAUUUUUGAUACAGUCGAAGCCGUAUACAUACGCUCACCAACUGUCACGUAUUUGUACGAAACACUAUUGUCCGGUAUUCGCACCAAGAGCAUCUACAUCGAAAAUAUGUACUCGCUGAAAACCAUCGACAUGAACGCCUUUAAUGGGACCGAAGAGCUUGUACAGCGUCUGGAGAUCCGAAACACACCGGUAGGUCAACCGCUUGGCCCUAAGCACCAUAUGCUCAAGAUCAUCGAUAAGAUGGAUAACUUGGAGCACGUGAUCAUUAGUAAUACUAGCCUUAAAACAGUGGGUCAAUUCGCAUUUUCUAAUAAACAAAAAUUACGUGAAAUUCGAGUGACCGGGAACAAAAUUAAACGCAUUGAACCUUUUGCAUUUCAACACCUGCCACAAUUGAGCGUGCUUGAUUUAAGCAACAACACCAUAAAUUAUAUUGGUACCAGAGCAUUUGUCCUGAGUCUUGAACCUACCCCCGAUGCUAAGGAACUGGAACUCCGGUUAGACAACAAUGAACUGAAUGAUAGGUCAUUUGAUGCGGAGUAUGUGUUUGAUGGUACUUAUGGUACUAGUUUUAAACGCCCAGUAUGGUUGGUAUUGGAUGGUAAUCAUUUGAUUAAGACAUUGAGCGAGGACACAUUUAUGCCGUACUUUAAUGCCAACCCAAUGAAUAUAAUAACAGUGGAUAUAGAUUGCGGCGAUUGCAGUAACUAUUGGUUAGUGUCCGAUGCUGUCGAUGGUAAGCAUACCCCAGAGAUCAGGUGUUAUGACGACAAUAAGGAUAUAAAGUCCCAUGAUUGGUCAUGGUGCUAA